UGUUAUCAUUAUGGGGAGGCGGCGGCGGCAGCAGCUCGGUACUUUGUUACUGAUCCAAGAUAAAAAGGAAAAAAAAACUUUUGAGAUUUCAGUCUGCGUUGCGGAUAACGCUAACGGGCGGUUGUCUUCACACGAUAACAAGAGCAUCCGCUGAUGUCAUGGAGGUGAAGGACAAGGGGGAGCAGAGCCCUUUGCAGGAGGACGGUUUGGGGGCAGACAAGGGUGAAUGUACCAAGGACCCCAGGACGAGUAGCUCGUCGCAGUCCUCGCGCAAAUGUUUCCGCCUGGACUAUCGGCUGGAGGAGGACGUCACAAAGUCCAGGAGGGACAAACGUGGUCGCUUUGUCAACCCCUGGUCUACCUGGAAGUUCCCCUCUUAUUCCAACAUUCUUUGGUUUUAUCUGUUGGACAAAAACAACAGCAACAUCCCUGCCACCAAAGAGGAGUUGGAUCAGAAGCUGCCCAUAAUGGAGCCCUAUUUCAUCCGGAACCCCGAGAAGGCUGGCCAGACUAAUGCCGAGUUGAGGGUCACCUGGCUGGGUCAUGCCUCAGUGCUGGUGGAGAUGGAUGAUCUAGUGAUACUGACAGACCCGGUGUUCAGCCAGCGGGCGUCACCAGUGCAGUUCGCAGGACCUAAGAGGUUCCGGGACCCACCAUGCACUGUGAACCAGCUGCCACGGGUCCACGCCGUGCUCAUCAGCCACACUCACUACGACCACCUGGAUCUUGGCUCGGUGACUGCCCUGAACCACCGCUUUGGCAGUGACCUGCGCUGGUUUGUGCCCCUGGGCCUGAUGAGCUGGAUGCAGAGCUGUGGCUGCGAGAACGUCAUCGAGCUCGAUUGGUGGGAAGAGAACUGUGUGCCGGGUCACGACGAAGUCACCUUCGUCUUCACACCCUCUCAGCACUGGUGCAAGCGCACGCCGCUGGAUGACAAUAGGGUGCUGUGGGGCAGCUGGACUGUCCUGGGGCCCCACAACCGCUUCUUCUUUGCCGGGGACACCGGCUACUGCUCUGGCUUCCAGGAGAUCGGCAGGCGCUUUGGACCUUUUGACCUGGCCGCAAUCCCCAUUGGUGCAUACUUGCCCAGGGACUUUAUGAGGUCACAGCAUGUGGACCCAGAUGAGGCUGUGCAGAUCCACAUAGACCUUCAAGCAAAGCAGUCCCUUGCCAUCCACUGGGGCACCUUUGCUUUGGCCCAUGAGCAUUACCUGGACCCUCCUGUGCGCCUCAAAGAAGCCGUGGAGAAAUAUGGGCUGGGUGAAGACGUAUUUUUUCUCCUGAAACAUGGCGAAUCACGACAUCUGAACUCCACUGAAGAGGUGUUUGCUCAACACAAGUGAUAGGUGUUAUAAGUUUAGUUUCAUUGCGGAUGCUUUUGUAAUUUCAGCACUUAUGUUUUUUUUUUUUGUUUUUUUUUUAACAAAGUUUGAGGAGACUUUCAGAGCAGGUACGAUUUUUUUUGGAUUAUACGGUAAAUAUUGAUUAUGUUUAAUUUGUUCAACCUAAUGACUUCAGUUCAACUUGAACUUCUCAGUUUUCAACCCUGGUUAAGUGUUAUAUCAGGCAAUGAUACGUUAAAAAGAAGUUUGCAUAUUGCGUAAUCCAUCUAUCUUCCAUAAAUUCAUAUUCAGUACAGGGCUGCAGAGAACUUGGAGCCUUGCUCUGGCAGUGUAAGACACAAGGCAGAUACACAUUUUAUUACUCUAUGAUUAAUACACUAGCCAUAACUUUGGAAUCAUGCCAAAAAGUUUGCAUUUUCCAUGAAAACUCCAUUUUAGUCAUAAAUUGCAUAUUAAAUUAGAAAUAAUGAUUAGUGCUUGAAAUAAUCAAAGAAUCCUCCAUCUGCAGCAAUCACAGCCUUGCAGACCAUUGGCAUCCCUACUUUGAAUUUGUUGAAGUAAUCUGUAGAGAUUUCACUCCAUGAUUCCCGAAGCACCUCCCGAAAAUUGGAUUGGCUUGAUGUCAUAUGGUCAUGCUCCUCCCACAUCUCCUCAAUAGGGUUGAGCCGUCUGGCUGCUUCUUGCAUAACUUGAAGCAGUGCUUUGGGUCAUUGUCCUGUUGUAGGAUGAAAUUGGCUCCAAUCUGCUGCCAUCUAAGAACAAAAGAAAUUUACAAAUGAGAGGAGACCAUUCGGCCCAUCAAGCUUGUUUGGGGACUGCAGGGUAUGGCAUAAUAUUUAGCCUGUACAAAAUUUCCAGAUUUACCAGCACCACAGCAUCCCCAGACCACAAUAUCUCCACCACCAUGCUUGAAAGAUGGCAUCAAGCACUUCCUCAUUUCAUUUGUUCUGCGACUCACAAGUAUUCUUCUCUAUGAUCCAGACGCCUCAAAAUUAGAUUUGCCUGUCCAUAGCACUUUUUUUUUUUCCCCAGUCAUCCAUCAUCCAAUGUCUAUGCUAUUUUGCCCAUUUGAAUCUUUUCCUUUUAUUGGCCAGUCUCAGCUUUUUCCAAGAAGACCGGCACUCUGGAGUCGCCUCAUCACUGUUGAAGAUGAGAUUGGCGUUUUGUGGGUUCUGUUUAAUAAAGCUGCCAGCUCAGGGCCUGAAACGCAUCAGUCUCUCGAACUAGAGGCUGUGAUGGUUUUAUUCUUCUGCAAAGCUGUGCACUGGAGCCUCCCACUCCUCUUUCUGUCCUGUUUAGACCCAGUUUUCACUCAGUAGUGCACACCUUUGUAAGAUACCUUCAGUUUCUUGGCAGUGUCUCAAUAUGGAAUAGUCUUCGUUUCUCAAAACAACAACAGAUUGACGAAUUUCGAAAGAAAGCUUUUUCUUUCUGGCCGUUUUGAGACCAUAACUCAACCCACAAAAUGCUGUCCAAACUGCCCAAAGAAGGCCAGUUGCUUCCUUAAACUGCACAACAGUUUUCAGCUGUGCUUAUUUGCACAAGGGUUUCCUAAUGAAUAAUUAUUCUUUCAAUAUUACUUAGGAUUUGCUAACAUAACGUACCAUUGGGAAGCAGAAGUGUUUUUGCUAAAAAAAAAAAAAAAAGGCCUUUGUAUACCUAUAUAGACACUUUAUUGAAAAAUCAACUGUUUCAAGCUUAUAAUAGUCAUUUACAAGAUUAAUAAUGUCUAAACUAUUUCUGAUCAAUUUUAAUGGAAAAAAUGUGAUUUUCUUUCAAAAACAAAGUUUUUGCAAUGUUUUACCAUAUCUGGCAAUUUACCAUGCAUUGAGUACUUACAUAUAUUACAAAUGAAUGUAAGAUUUUAUUACUAACUCCUACUGUAAAAUAUCCAUUUUCAUUCCUGUAAUUACGUGUAUUUAAAGCAUACCGAAGUGAAUACAAACUCUGCCUUAAACUGC